AUGGAGGUGCAGGUGUCUGAAGCUCUUCUUUGUGGUGUCUUUACUCUUGCUCUGGGAAUAUUUCUUCACUUCAUCUACAGGUGGAGGAUCCCUCCUUGCAACGGGAGACUUCCUCCUGGUUCUUUGGGCUUACCUAUUGUUGGUGAAUCAUUCCAGUUCUUCAAGUCAAGUCCUUCUUUGGACAUCACGGACUUUUAUAAGCUGAGGUUGAAAAGGUAUGGCCCUCUUUUCAAGACCAGCUUAUUGGGGAAGCAUGUAAUUGUCUCCAUGGACACGGAAGUCAACCGUUUUAUAUUCAGGCACGAAGAUAAGCUGUUCAGGACAUGGUACCCUAACACGGUGAAGAGCAUAUUUGGCAAGAAAACCAUGAGAGAUAUAGAAUCCAUUCACAAGUACGUGCGAAGCAUCGGAGGUCCCGUCUUUGCUCCCAAAAAUCUGAAGGAAGCGUUCAUAUUUGAAAUGGAGAAAACCAUCACAGAGUCCCUUAGAAGAUGGGCUACUAAUCCUAGCAUCGAGGUGAAGCAGUCUCUGAGAAAUAUGAUGUUUGAUCUUAUAAUCAAGAAGCUUGUUGGCUUCGAGCCCAAUAGCACAGGGUCCAAGGAGUUGAGAAAAAAUAUUGAAUUAUUCUUCAAGGGCGUGAUAUCCUUCCCACUUCUGGUUCCGGGGACAAAUUUUUAUCAAGCCAUGCAGGGAAGGAAACACGUGCAAAAAAUCCUAAAAGAUUUGUUGAAACAAAGGACUACUGCACCACAAAAAAAGUACGGUGACUUUUUGGACGUAGUUCUGGAUGAACUACAGAGUGGACGAGCAUUACUGGAUGAGAAUUUUCUGGUGGAUACCGUUGCUGGAUUCAUUUUCGCUGGUGUUGCAUUAACACCAACAACACUCACUGCAGGCAUGAAGUUCCUCACAGACAGUCCAAAUGUAGUGGAAGCACUCUCGGAGGAGCAUGAUACAAUACUCAAAAAUCGAGAUGAAACUCAACCUACAAUCACAUGGGAGGAGUUCAAGACCAUGAAAUUCACUGAUCAGGUUAUUAAUGAGAUACUUCGCUUGAGUAGCAAUGGCCCUGGGAUUAUUAGGCAGGCCUUGAAGGAUGUACAAUAUAAUGGCUAUACGAUUCCAGCUGGAUGGGUUGUCAUGAUCAGUCCCAUGUCAGUUCAUCUAAAUCCUGACAUUUUUGAAGAUCCACUCACCUUUAAUCCAUGGAGGUGGCAGGAAGAAAAUGCAAAUUCACUAAUGAAGCACUUCAUGCCAUUUGGAGACGGAAAAAGGCACUGCAUGGGUGCCAACUUCACUAAGUUUCAGAUUGCAAUGUUCCUUCACACCUUGGUGACCAAAUACAGAUGGAAGGAGAUCAAAAGAGGUGAAACGUUCCGUAUUGCAGAUCUUGCAUUCCCACAAGACUAUCACAUUAAACUGCUCCCUAGGUCCUGA